GAUAUCACACCUAGAUAUGCGGACAUCCUUGAUUCGCAGCGACUUUACGACGACAACAGAUUUAUACGGACAAAGCUUGAGCAACUCAAACUCGAAGAGGGAGCAUUUACAGGAGUUGAUGAAGAGAGGGCAUACGAAGAAGACCUAGACGAUAAACUAGAUAUGAAAUUACAGAGAAAAUUGCAGAAAGAGUAUGAAUCCAACUUGAAGUUCCACAUUCUGCAGCCUCUCACACCACCAGAGAAUUUUGCCCCAAUCAUCAACAAGAUCUACAGGUCUUCUUUUCCUCAACCAAACAACUUUACAUUCUUGAGAAAGCUAAAAUUGAAGUCUGUGCUUUGUUUGAUUCCCGAAGAAUACCCUCAGCUUCAUCUUGAGUUCUUGGAGCACGAGAACAUCAAACUUUUCCAGUUGGGAAUGUCAGGAAACAAAGAGCCGUUUGUGAAAAUCAGUUCAGACUUGAUUACUGAAGCAGCAAAAAUAGUUCUCAAUCCAGAAAACCAGCCAAUCUUGAUCCAUUGCAAUAGGGGCAAACAUAGAACCGGAUGCUUGGUAGGAGUAUUACGUAGGUUACAGAAAUGGUCGUUAACGAUUAUCUUUGACGAGUACAGAAAGUUUGCCGCUCCUAAGGAAAGACCCAUGGAUCAGCAGUUUAUCGAGUUGUAUGAUGAGACUCCUAUAAUCAGGUAUGCUGAAGAGAACAAUCUUCUCCCAUUGCAAUGGGAUUAG